GCUGUAAGCUGCGCUCAGUUCGAUUCGAUCAUUCGUCGCAGCAAGUUCAACUCGUCAUCGGGCUCCCCCACAGCGUAGUUGAGAGUCGAGAGUCGAGGGUGGCUCAGAGCUUGGCCCAGUCUCAGUCUCAGAUUCAGAUCUAAAAAGGGCGCGCGAGUGCAUUAGCAUUAAAACAUAAAGCAUUUGUACUGAAUAUUUUUAUCCCCUACGUGUUUGCGUUAAUUAAUGUGUAGAAUUGUGAGUGCGGAAUCGAACUAGUCGGAUUAUGCAAUUGGCUUUUUGCCGAGUGAAAAGUCAAACUGUGUUUUGUAAUGCGCCAAAGAAAACGAAAAUUCAAAUAAAAGCGAAGCUGCUUUAAAACUACAAGGAAACCACAAUCUACGGCACUAAAAAGCCGUUUAAAUACGAAAAACAAAAACAGAUAAAUCAAAAAAAUACAAAUAAAUAAAAAGUAACUGAAACUUAAGACAUCUAGACAAAAAAAUGGCGGCUUGUACGAAUGCGACUGCGACGAACUUUUGCUGCGUACGCCAGCAACAACGUCGACGCUGCGUUGGCGUCGGCGUCGGCGUCGGCGCCAGCACAACCACAGGCAUUGGCAAAAAUGUCAUUUUGCAAAUUUAUUACGCCUGUGCGCUCAUCGCCCUCCUGUCCGCCAGUGUUGUCAUUGUGGAGAGUGCGACGGUUUUCGGUGGCAUACUGUCGCAUCCCACAUUCAAGCCACUGUGCAGUGCCCAGCAUGAGCAUUUCAUGGAGAGCGAGGGCAAAGAGUCGAGUCUCAUCAUUGAACUGAAGCCGGGCACGUAUGGAGCCCAGCACAACACCUGCACCCGCAUCCUGAGUGCACCGUCCAGCUACGGCUUCAUAGUGCGUCUCAUUCUGCCCAAGUUGCGACACAAUUCCCACACAACCGACACUGAUAACGGCAAUGGCAACACUCACUCCACAUCCACCUUCACCUCCAGUGGCAGCUCCUCUGUUGUCAGCACGAUGGGGCCACAGUCACAGUCAUCUGGUUCCUCCGCAUUGACAGGCAUGUCCACGCUGAUUGAGAGACUGAAUACCACAGUAGCAGCAGCAGGAGGAGUAGCAGCAGCAGGAGUAACAGCAGGAACAGCAGGAUUAACCUCAGCCGCAACCAUUGUGGGACGCACCUGUCCCCUGAACAUUUUUAGCUCCUUGGAUCCGCAUACGCCGCAAUGGCGCGUGGAUCCUUGCCAGCUGGAGGAUACGGCUUCGGAAAUGGAGGAUCCGGUGCGUUUGUUCCAUGGACGUGUGCGAAUCGUCUGGGAGCAUGAACACCAUGCGCUAAAGUCCAAGCUGAUGAUCACGGUGCUGGGCAAGGGGGAGCAGUGCAAGGAUGCGAGCAGGCAUCAAUGCCUGAAAAUUGGAGAUGAACCCAUCUUGUGUAUCUCCAAGGAGCUGGCCUGCGAUGGCAUUCGCCAUUGUCCCUAUAGCAAUGAGUAUGAUAGCGAUGAGGACUAUGAGCUAUGCUAUAAACAACGUCGUCCUGGUGCCAUACCACAUCCAUCGUCCCAGGAAAACGAUCUGUUUGAGCAAUUCGCACUUGAGGUGCUUCGCAAUUUAUUCAUGCACGAUGCGCCAACAGAGCCCGAGGAUCUGCCACAGAAUAGCAACAACAACAGCAGCAGCUUCAACUCGACAACACAGCUACACAAAGUGCAUACCAAAGAUAUGAAAAAGCCGAGCGGCGAUGCCAAUGGCUCUCCGAAUGCCAUUGGAGCGGCAAGUGCGCCGGAGUCGGAUGGCAAGGCACAAGAUAAUGCCACCAUGGAGAGCACUGGCAAUGGUAACGGGAAUGGCAAUGGCAUUACGGGUGGCAGCGGAUUCACGCGUCGCAAUUCGACACGGACUGGCAUUCACUCGGAUCUGUCCAAGUACGGACCAUGGGGCUAUCUAAUGCUCGGCAUGCUCCUCUGCGGCGGUGCGCUGCUCAUCUGCGGCCUCUGGGCAUCCGCAUCCCAGCACGCGGUCAACAACGAGCGCGAGGCGGCGCUGGCCGCCGCCAAUGGAUCUGGCCAAGAUUCAACGAAUGCCACAUCGCCGCCCAACUACGAAGAGCUGGAUCCACCGCCGGCCUACUCGGUGCUUUUUCCCAAUCAAAAGGCCGCCAGCACUAAUACCCUUAAUGCACUGGACGGCGCUGUUGCAAGCACAACAGCAGCUGCAGCAGCAGCAGCAGCAGCAGCAGCAGCGGCAGCGGCGGCGGCAGCAGUAGUUGCAACAACAACCUCAGCAGAGCAACAACAACAACCACAGCAGGAAGAACAACAAGAACAGCCAGGAGAGCAGCCGACGAACUAGCUAUAAGCCUGACAAGAAGAUCGCCACCAUGGCGCAUCCUGACAAAGUAGUUUAGGUUUAGGUUCCAACUUCUUUGACUGACUCUGAUGCAAUUAGUUUAGAAAAACAAUGCGAUAGUUAUAGUUCACAUAGCUCAUAAGUGUAACUCUAUGUUUAAUGUUUAGCAUUAAUGUUAGCUGGUCAACACAAUGUACCCAAAAAUCAAAUGAAAACAUAAAAAAAAAAACAAACAAACGUCCAAUGUCCAAAAGAUUCAUGCCAAGCAUGACGGCCGAGCUGUAAAUCCUAUUUUAAUCGAAUCCAAAACCAAUAUAUUGAUUGUAAAAACGACAAAUAACAAUAA